AUGGAUGAUGUAUACGCUAUGGAGGUCCUUCGGCAAAGCCUCAUCGACGCCUGCGAGCGAGAAAAAGGGCUCGCUUUGAAACUUGAAGCUGCUCAUCAAGAAAUGGGUCAGCUGAAAAGACGUGCCUUUGUACAUCAAGCAAAAUUUCGAGAACUUGAUAAGGCACUCGAAGUUGAGGAGGCUAAGACGAAUGCUGAGAGCUUGGCUAGACAAAAAGCUGAAGAGACAGAACGCCAGCAUCGUGUUGAGGUAUCCGAGGCGAAGCGAAUGGAGACUAUCGCUAAUGAACAUUGCGACGCGGCUGAGUCGGAGGUCCUCAGGCUGCGGAAGGAUUUGUCAAUCCAGAGCUCGACGACGGAGGCUGCGGACCUACUCUCACGCAGACUUCGUGAAGAGUUGGGACUAGCCGAGCACAACGGUAUGGUCGCCUACAACCAGCUCAUUGCUGCCAAGGCGAAGGUCUGCACACUGCAAGAAGACCUUGGGGUUGCUACAGAUCACAUAAAGUUGCUGGAACGCCAAGCGAGAGAUUUCGGGAAAUUGCUUCAGGCAGAGCAUCAGCAAGUGAAAGAGACCGAAAAUGCCCUCAGUGCGACUGCAGAUGAACUCAAGAGAAACCAAUCAAAGCUCGGUGAUAUUCUGGAGAAAUACAACGAUGUCGAGGGCAAGCAUAUCAAGUGCGACAAUGGCAGAUUCUUGGGGGCAGCCGCCUUGGACAAUGAAAGGGUAGACGUCGAAAAGCAACCUUCAAUGCAGGUUAGAGAUGAAGACUUUUCCAGCUCAAAGCACGAGGGCGAGCAAGUCCUCGAGAUCCCCAACGCCAUUGAAAAGACGACAUUCUUCCGGAAUAGGUUGAGCACAGAGAAGAAAUCACCGAUCAUCACUACAGAAUUACCAGCUCUCCCUGAACCAGCGAUAAUCCGUUCAGCGCUGUUGUCAGUAACAGCCUGUCAAGUCGAAAUCUUCAAGACCACCGGUAAACUCCUCCCUUCACCCAGGGCCAAUCUGAGGAAUCCACCGCGGAAAAUCUUCUACUGGUUUCGGCCAGACUCAUUGCAUUCUCUCUUUCGAGGCAUCAGUCGGCGCUAA